AUGUCUUCUGCGUUGUAUCCUAUGUUGCCUUCAACUAUGUUUUUCGCACUUUUUAUUGCAUUUUUAUUUGUUUCACCAGCUUAUUCUACAUCUAGAAAUGCACUUGAUCACCCUAAAGUUCAAAAGGGCUUCCAAAUAAGCCUUAAGCACGUCGAUUUGGCAGGAAACUUCACCAGAUUCGAGCUUUUACAACGCGCCAUGAAACGUGGGAGAAAGAGGAUGGAAAGGCUAAGUAUAAUGGCCUUAGCAGAAUCAGAUUCUAGUGUUGAAACCCCAAUUCAUGCAGGAAAUGGUGAGUUUCUUAUGCAAUUGGCAAUUGGUUCUCCCGCAGGGUCUUAUAAUGCUAUUAUGGAUACUGGAAGUGAUCUGAUAUGGACUCAGUGUAAGCCUUGUAAGCAGUGUUUUGAUCAAUCUACGCCGAUUUUUGAUCCCAAGAAAUCGUCAUCUUUUUCUAAGUUGUCGUGUUCUAGCACGCUUUGUGAGGCGCUUCCUUCGUCAACUUGUAGUGAUGGGUGUGAGUAUCUAUACACGUAUGGCGAUUACUCCUCGACUCAAGGCAUUAUGGCUACCGAAACAUUCGUGUUCGACAAAGUUUCGAUACCUAAUGUUGCAUUUGGAUGUGGGAUAGAAAACGAAGGAAGUGGGUUCAGUCAAGGGGCAGGGUUGGUGGGCCUAGGGCGCGGACCAUUGUCACUUGUUUCACAACUUGAUGAACCCAAAUUCUCGUACUGUCUAACCCCAAUUGAUGCUAAAAAGACUAGUACACUUUUGAUGGGAUCACUAGCUGGAGUAAAUGCCCCAGGGAAUUCAAUCAAAACCACCCCUUUAAUCAAGAAUCCAUCACAGCCCUCUUUUUACUAUCUUUCCCUUGAAGGGAUUACAGUUGGUGAUACCCUAUUGCCUAUCAAGAAGUCUACUUUUGCACUCAAUUCAGACGGGAGUGGUGGGAUGAUCAUAGACUCGGGCACCACAAUUACUUAUUUAGAAGAAAGUGCUUUUGAUCUGCUUAAACAAGAAUUCACUUCUCAAAUGAAACUCCCGGCCGACGAAUCCGGAGCAACCGGCCUUGAACUUUGCUUCGUCUUGCCAUCUAAUGCAAAUGACAUUGAGGUUCCAAAACUAGUUUUCCAUUUUGCUGGGGCGGAUUUGGAUUUGCCGGGGGAGAAUUACAUAAUUGCUGAUUCUGAUUUGGGAGUUGCAUGUUUGACAAUGGGAAGUUCAAGCGGAAUGUCCAUUUUUGGAAACACUCAGCAGCAGAAUAUGUUAGUGCUUCAUGAUCUACAGAAGGAGACACUGUCAUUUAUUCCAACAAAGUGCGACCAACUAUGA